UUUUUUUAUGUUCUUUAUUCAGCAGAUUCAAAAGAGACACCUAAAUUAAUUAGAGAAAAACGAACGCCUUCUUACAAAGUUGUUGCAAAAGGCUAUUCUGUAGAUCUUGACUGUCGGUUUAAAGAACCUUAUAGCUUAGACGAUGUUACAUUGUCAAAAGAAUUGGAUACCCUUACACAGACCCCAAGAAAUGUUGAUGGGGUGAAAAUCACCAAGAGUGGACAGAUAUUUACAAUAAACGACGUGCAAAAGUCCGAUGAAGGCAAAUAUUGGUGUAAAGUUGGUCCAUGGAGUAGGAGUAUAGAGAGACUUUAUGUUGCUUCCAGAACACAGUCAGGUAUGAACUAUCUGCUCUGAUAGUGUACUGAGUAUACUAUAAGUUUCCUUAAGGAAAUUUAAUUUAAUGAUAUCUAACUUCAUACAUGCAUACUUGUACAUCAGUUGCUCGAUUCUCAGGGGCAGGUCCAGGAUAAAAUAAUGCUGAUGGAUUUCCUAACAAGCACUGAAGGUGCAAGCUUGUAAGGGGGUCCACAAGCAUGCUCCCCUGCAUGCUUUUGGAAUUUAACUGCCUUAAGUCCCCUAUCCUGGGUUUCUGAGUCAUUCUGACAGGAUAUUGGCCAGUUCCUUUCUCCUCAGAUGAAGCCUUGCAAAUCAGCGGAUUAACAAUCAAGGUCCAUUUCAAGAUUUUAAGGGGGAAAGUUUUUUGUCAAAAAUAUAUUUGUCAUGAAAAAUCUGACCAAUUUCUGUGAAACAGUUGAACUAGUGUGCAUCUGUGCCAGACGAUUCUCGUCAACUGCAGCUUCAUAUUUUUUGUUAUGAUAUAGGCAUAACAGAAGUUCUUUGUCAGCUUUGAAUGUUGUUUAUAUUUACCUCAUAAUAAUGAAACAAAGUACAAAAGUAACUUUGGAGAAUCACAAUUUUUCAGACAGUCAACCUUUCAAAUGCUGUGGAAGUUUAGAGAAAUCAUAAGCAAUAAUUUAAUCUGAGCCAGUCCUCUGAUAAUAAAGGGAAGUGUUAACAGUCUUCUUUAUCACGGAAAAAGUGUCUGUUUACAAGGCAAAUUACAUUUUGUUUAUAUUAUCACAUUUCAUUUUCCAGAGAAUUACAUUUUGACACAGUCUACUGUUCCGGAAAACAUCACGACAAUAAAUGAAGGAGAUAAUGUAACUAUCAUCUGUAAAGUUAGUGGAAAUGGCAUCAAGAGAGUAGAGUGGUAUAAAGACAAACUAGAACUCCCAAGUAGAUACAACAAUACUGGAGACUUCAACAUCAGUAUCGCGGACUUAACAGCAGUAACUGUGGCACAGGCUGGUGAAUAUGAAUGCCGAACAAGUAUUAUUCCAACACCAUGGGUUGGCUAUCAAGCUGAGUCAUUUGUGUUGCAAGUCAUAGGUAAAGGGGAUUUGCUGUUCAACUUAGUAGAUUACACAAAGUGAAUAUUAGUAGCUGUUUACCCCAAUAUGACAAGACACUCUUAACUCUUAUGAACUUCAUCAGAAAGGGUUUGUGGACUCCAGGGCCCAGUUGUUCGAAAGUUGGAUAACACUAUCCACUGGAUAAAUCUCUAUCCAGUGGACAACACAAUCAGUUUCCCCAAUACUUAUCCACUGGAUAGUGAUUUAUCUGGUGGAUAGCGCUAUCCAAUGUUUGAACAGCCGGGACCAGAUCAGAUCUACAUGUACAUUUGGAAUUACCAGAUGUCUUGACCUCUAGCCUGGCACCAGAAGCCUGGAAAUCCAGGUCAUUCAACCUGACAACUGACAUUAAACCAAAAAUGUGAGAGAAUUGUAGUAUUAUAGACUUUAUUGGCUUUGGUGCACAUGGCCGUUAUCAGCGAGGCAUUUUAAAAAAGAUAAACCAAAAGACGAUAACCUCCGCAAGCAAAAAUAAAUUAAAAUACAGGUUAGCUUUUUAAGAGUUUAUGAUAUUUUCCUGAAAAAUUCAAGAGCCUCACUGUAAAACGUUGAGACUUGAGAGCUCUAAUUUACUGCACCUUUUUGAAAUAAUUACUUUUUUUGUGACCAGUAAAUGCAAGCAAAUUUAUAGACCUAAGACCUGAUUAAUUCACCUCUUUAUGAUACUGAAUUCACCUCCUUAUGACCUUAAAGGAAGACUGCAGGUUAACUUGUUCUAAUUUAUAAUCCAAGGCAAGUUUGUUCUGUAUGACCUAGUCUGUGCUCAAAAUGUUUAUCUUCUAUUCCUUGAUUUAAGUCUUGGUACAUUUCACUUUACAGGUUUUCAUUUUCUGGCAAGGAAUAAAAAGUACCAGAGACUAUUUGUGGGAGACAAAGUGACCAUUAACUGUAAAAAUAAUGCACAGAAAGCAACUUCAACCUUAUGGGUAAGAAAAGAUAUACGUCCAUCUAAACAGGUAAUGCCAAAUGGUAGUACAAUCACACGCAAAGGCAACAGUUUCCUUUUAAGCAGUCUAACACAAGAUGAUGCUGGCUCCUACGUGUGCAAGGCCACGUCUUCCCUUCUUGAGAAGACUAUUGAAGAAGAGAUCACAACUCUUUUGAUCUUCACAGGUAAAAUAAAAACUUUAAUAAUUUUUAGUGUGGCUUAAUUAAUUACCAUUUUACAUUCAUGACCUGACCUUUAACUUUUUAUCAUAGUAGCUGCAGCGGAACCCAUAUUAAUUUUAAACAAACAAACAAAUGAAAAAAAAAGGAAUAUACAAGAAACUAUUUUAUGCUGUACUGUGUAAAGAAUGGUGCCUUAUAAGGAAAAUAACAAAUUUGGGAGGAGCUAGACCAUACAAAGAAAAAGUUGAAUUUUUUUGCAUCGGCAGAUGGUUUCUGUCGAUUCACUGGAUUUCCAAAAAAAAUAUAUGUAGGCUAUACACUUUGCCCUCCCUGCUCAAUUCAAUGUUCUUAGAUACAUGUACACAAUAAUCAAUACAAGUACUUAUGUCUCUUUAAAUAGAUGACCAAAGUAAACCCCUGGCACAAGUCUACCCUGUUGUUGGAGAGGUCUUCUCUGGACAAAAUGUAAAUAUUUCCUGUCAAGCUCCAGGUAAUGCUGUUUCAAUGGAAUGGUCAAGAAAAGGUCAAAUUGUCUCCAGCAUCCAGACACACAGAAAAAUAAGAACAACAGCCAAAGGAAAUUUCACCGAAAGUACCCUGGUGCUAACAAAUGUAUCAAAGGUCGACAAUGGUACCUACACCUGUACUGUUACAACUUCAAAAAAUGUGGGGUAUUCUAACCAAGCAACUGCAACAUUAUUAGUUACAGGUAUGCUGGCAAAAGCUUUUCAACCUUUGCAUUUGAAACUUUUUGUUUCUGAAGAGUGGAAAAAGAUAACCUCAAAGAUAUGUGUCAGCAUUAAAUAACCAUGCCCUCAAGGGACUUCUUACACCUUAAUUUGACGAGACAGUUGUGUACCAUUGUAGCACAUCUAUCUAUUAUUGACACAAUUAUAUUCUCCUGGACAUUUGAUUUUAUUUUUUUCUUGCAUAGCAUUUUUGUUCUAAUAAUUAAUCAAAUUAACAUACCAUAAUACAUUGUCUUGAUCAAUAACGAUUUCUUAAAACAUAAGCAAGCGAAUAUUAACUUUAAAAGCCGAUGUUUCGGUAUCAUCAUGACACCAUUCUCAAGGCAAUUAUUCAUUUUGCAAUUAAUUGUUCAUUUUGCCUUGAGAAUGGUGUCAUGAUGAUACCGAAACAUCGGCUUUUAACAUUAAUAUUCGCUUGCUUAUAAUACAUUGUAUCACAUAACCUCUGAUGUACUGUAAAGGCUAAAAUCUCCAAGAACGCAAAAAAUAAUAAUAGUAGUAAGAAAAACUCUAAAAGGAAAGGAAAUAGCAAAUAGGAAAUAAAAAACAAAUGGAAAUACAAAACUAUGGGAAAAAAAAUUUUAAAGACUUAAACUAAAUCUACUCAUUAUAAUUAUGUACUAUUAUAUUUUCUGAAACAAAAUCUGCUGCAUUUUGAAUUUGACUCCCCUUUUUUUCUUUCCAGAGUGUCAUGAAUCUUAUAAGUUUGCUGACCCAAGUGACACCUCUGGUUACUUUGAGUGCAAACAUGGAACUCCAGUGAAGAAAUCUUGUCCUGGUAAUCAUGUGUGGAAUCAAGAAGACAAGAAAUGCAAACUUUGGCAGCUAGGUAUGGUAUACAGUAUGGAUAUUGAAUUACAACUCAUGCCCGUUCAAAGUUUCACUUUACCCAAUUAAGUAUCAGUAAACACAGGGACUGUCGUCCCUUAACCUUAACUAGCAGUUAAGACCACCUUAAAUUUUUGGACUUGUUAGUGGUUCUGGCAGAACCUUAGCUUACAUGUAAUCUUUAACUCUUUAGCCAUCAUGCAUUGCACCUUUUUGUUGCAGUGAGAAUUAAAUUUACAGUUCCAAGUAAUAAAAGGACUGUCACAAUAGCUUGGUCCAAUUUUAUUUGCUGCUUACUUGGUUUGGAUUAGUUAAUGUUUUCGCAGAAAUUGCUCCCAAAAACAUAUGCUUCGUAAGCCUUAUAAUAAGUUAUAAACAAUGGAGAUAAACUUUGUCAAACUUUUAAAGGAGUAACGAUCAUCGAGCCAAGUAGCCAAAUUUAGCCAUGAGGAAUUAUUUCCCUUAGCUCAAUUGGGUCUAAAUUUUCUUUUCUGUUAAACAUAUUUUAAAGAAGGGGACUUGGACGACCAUUUUGUCUUUUUAUGAUGUUCUAUUUACAACAUAUAAUUGCACAUAAUGAGAUUUGUGCCAAACUUGAAAUAAAGUUUAACUUUUGUAUAUUAAUUAAUUGAUUUAUUUUUAGAGUGGGUUCAUGACAAACGUGGAAAAUUGGUUGUUAUUCUUGAUACCAAUACACCAUUUGAGUUGGACUGCCAGCUUAAUGAUCCACGGGUAACAGUUCAACUCAAAAAGGGGAAUCAAAAUGUGGAUCCUCAAAAGGACAGUAGUGUGACACAGAUUGGACAGACGUUUUGGAUAGAUGUCUCAUCACUGUCAAUUGGAAACAACAUGGAAUUGAAAUGCCAGGCAUUAAGUGGAGGUCAAGAUGUUUCAGAGAAGACAGUUACCCUUGAGAAAGCCAAAGGUUUGAACUGGAUGUGAUGAUAACAUAUAAGUACAUAUUAAUGCAUUUUCAGCCCACUGAAGAAAAUACCAAACAAAGGCAAAAAAAUGGAGUAACUUUGAUCACUAUCUCCAGUCUCAAGCUCACUACCCACCUUUACUUCCUUCAAAAUAGUUUUGCAAUCAUUGAGUUUUUUGCAAAAAGUUUUCUCACCAAACUUUAGCUUAAGUAAUUAUAGCUUGCAAGUAGAACAUUAUUAUAGAGGAAAAAGGCAAUAAAAAAUUGAGAAAGAGAGGAAACAAAAGCGCAUUUUUCCAGGGGCAAAUUUGUUUUUAUGUUAAGUGCAUGAUACUGAUUAUAAAAAAAGAAUAGAAAAUUUGAACGGAGGUUACAAUAACCUCUUUCAUUAUAGUCACAAUCAAGAACUCUUAAUUAGUUUUCCAAAUGUUUGUAUUAAUCUUAAUAUUUUAUGUUCUCUGGUUUAUUGCAGACUUUCAGAACAACGUUUUUGUGCAGAUUUUGCCUGUUUGCUCUCCUGGGCCAUUAGCAAUUCACGAUUCUAUCAGUAUAAUUUGCCAUGCAUAUCAUUUUGGAGACAUGGGAUGGUACAAGAUAGACAAGUCUUCAAAUGUUCGCAAGGCAAUAAGUGAUUCAGACCCAAGACUGUCUUCUGAUAGAAAACAGACUAGACAUGGUCAUUGGAAUGUAAGCAAGACAUUGACACUUGACAAUGUCACAAAAAAUGAUGAAGGAGCAUAUGUUUGUUGGAAAUCAAAUGGUUAUAAUAUCACGAAAAACAUAACUGUUUACAUUGAUGUGGCAGGUAAGUCUUUUCAUUUUCAUAAAGAGGAUCUUUCCUUUGGUAGUCAGAGCAGUACCCAAUGAAAGUAUCUACAAAGCCCUGAGCCUAAAGAAAACCAGGUUACCCAACCUUAUCCCGCAGUACCCCGGUGUACAUGUACCAAUACUCGAGAAGCUAACAGGUUUUGACUUGCUCAGCCAUUUUUUCGCUUUUGGCUUGGGGAUAAACAUAGUCAUAGACAUAGACACUUUAUUUCUUUAUGUGGUAAAUAUGCUUAGCCAUACGGCUAAAAAGUGUAAAGAAAAUGAUUUUCUAGAGUGUUCAGCAACAAUUUUUUCCAGCUGAUUGUGAUGCUGUCUAGACGCAUAAAAGUAAGUUUAACCAACCAUAUCUUACAACGAUACCAGAAAUUGAAGGAAUCAACAAGAAAAUAUUUGGAUACGUCAGCUUAUUUUUGUCUUCAUGGUGAACAAAGGCGCGCCGCAGUGCUAGUACUGAGUUUUCAGGCUGCAACUAGACUGUCAGUCUUAAAAGCUCACCUUAAAUUGUUGAGGCCGAAUGAAGUGUGGCUUCAGUUGAUUUCUAACUACUUUUCGUGGAUACUUACUUGUCAGUAAAGUUUUCCACUAUCAAUUCAAGAAAUUCCCUAGUUCUUUAGUCGGUUUAGUAGUUUGAAAUAUAAUUAAUGCCGAUUUCAAGACAUAAAACAAAAAAGCUGCCAACCUUCCUGCUCGUGAACUGCUCGUGUUGAGAUUGAGCGGCAAACGAGCGUGCAUGACAACGAGGGUGAAUACGCGUGCGGAGACCGACGGGAAGGCAAGAAAACGCCUUUUUAUCGGCUCUCUGUUUUUUUUACCCCGGCCAUGUUCAAGAAAAGAGGUCUAUUCGAGUGGUUCCCUGGCAAUGGGAGCUGACUUUCAAGUUAACACAGUUCAAAGUUUAUAAAUAAACGUUUUUUAGGGGGUUCGAAGUUAUAGAAUUUACAUUUUGGCCUCUUCCCCAUCUUUAUGUUCUAACAUAAAAUACCCUUAUGGUGUAUUUGAUGUGAUCCCACCUCUUAGAUCCUCCCUUGACUGUCAUUUACAUAUGUUUUUUUUUUUUGUCAGAUCCCUCACCAGCCACGAUAGAAAAGCUCGAUUCACCACCACAGUCGUUUAUUAAGGAGGGACAAAAUGCCAGGUUUCACUGCACUGUAAGCGGCUCUCCUCGACCGAACGUAACAUGGAGGAGAGGACAAGAAAUUGUGGCCAGAUACAAGGCAAAUUGGAGAGACGAUAGAGGAUGUAUGCGGAGUUAUUCCAUGGGUCCAGUGAGCGGGGGAUGGGUCAGCUGGCUUAAUGUCAACAACCUACAGUACCCGGCCGAUGUGAAGUACACUUGUGUAGUUGAAAACAGUCUUGGAAAGGAGGAAAAAGUUGCAUCUCUUAAAAUCGCUGGUAAGCUCAAAAAUCAAUUCCAUUUUCAUAUUAUUUCAUUUAUCCUUUUCCAUUCUAUUUCAAAUUUAUAGUACCAUUUAAAUCACAGACAAACAUUAGUGCUUGUGUCAUAAUGUUGUGCUCCUUACAAUUAUGUAUUAUAAGAAACUACUGUAGUUGGCUCAGUAAUAACUAUUGAUUUUAGAUAAAACUGCAGAGGAAAAGUGAAAAUUGCUCAAUUAAUAAAAAAAAGAUGUUUAAUUCGUAGUAUUGAGCAAAUUACUAAUGUGAAAGUGCCUUUUGUAACCUUUUUCUAGUUGGUUUAUCUCUGACUGAUUACAGAAUAUUAUUCCAAGAAAAAUCUCCCAAUAACACUGGGGCUUAAUCUUAAUCACGGUUUUGGCACACAGACAUUGAAGACCCCAAAGAUUCCCAAGUUAAAACCGAAGUCACAAAACUAUUUGUAAAGGCCUUCCAAGUUGUUAGUAUUGUUCGUGGGAGUUGUAGAUAAGGCCUGCCUCCAUGCUUGUUGUAACUAUUCAUAACAUUUUAGCCUUUCAUGCUUACUACCACUAUUAUUUAUACUGCUGUUAUAAAUAUUACACUUUUAAAAUGAUAGAGGCCAUACAGUUUAAUAACCCGUAUAGCGGGAAAUUUUUUUCCCAACAGCGCGCGCUCUCAUUGGUUACUUCGAGGUCACAUGACAUCUAACGAUGCUGUUUCCCGCAAAAUCUCUGAGCGGGCAACAUUGCAAAAUCUAUGACGUUAGAGGGUAACAGUGCACUGUUACCCGCGAAUGUUGACCGACGACCACCGUUACAGCGAGGUUUCAUGAAUUUCCAACUAUAUAACAAAUUACUUAAAGACCGGUUCCUCGGGAAACAGUUUAUUUUGUUUCCCGUGAAUCUCAAUGUUUCCCGAGGCGGACUCGGAACUAGUCAUCAAACGUUUAUUUCUGCUAUUUUCAGUCGCACCUGUUUUACAACGGAACACAAAUAAUGGGCCCGAGAAGGUUUAUGGCGUUCAAGACAGAGAGGAAGAGAUCAAGUGUAUAACAGAGCGCAGCAAUCCUCCAGCGACUUUCAAGUGGCGGUAUCAACCUUUAAAUUGUAGUUUUUCUUCGUCAAGCUGCCCAAAACCUACCAAUAACUGGAUCAAGCUAACACAAUUUGGAGAAAUAAAAAAUCGAUCUGAUAACAUGAGUGUCCUAAUAUUGCCAGGAUACCUAAAAAAUAUGUAUUUUAAGUGCAUUGCUGAGAACCCAGUCACAGGAGCAAAGGAUUCCAAGCAAUACCAGUUUAGGCGACGAACUGGUAAGUAUACAGUUCCUUGCACAUGCAGUAGAAAUAUUUUUUUCACCAACCACGUUUCCAUAGGGCGUCAGCUACAAAAGGACGUCCGGCGUUUUGCUCGCGUGAUUUUGGUUGCCUACUAUUUAGCUCUCGAGUAUAGCCUAUAGUUUACUGUAUUGUAAACAUUUAUUUAGAGGUGUUAAUUAUCCUUUGUUUUAAUAGCCAGUAAGCAUUUAAGUUGGCAUAUUAAUUUUAAUUUGUGCCUCUAUAAGUUUUCUUCCCUUCCCCUCCCGCCCCCUCCCCUCCCCUUCUCUUUGCUGAUGAGUUGGCUGUAGUAUUCACCAAUGACCAUUUUGGCCUUGCUGGAAGAAAAAAUGGUAGACCAAAGAUUUUUAAAAGAAGCGAUUGAUAGAUUCCAAGAGUAGAAGUAUUGACCCUCACAUCUACAUCUCAAUUCACCAAAUAUUAGAGGAGCUACCCUGUUUGUUGCGCCGUUCAAAUGAGCCACAAAAAAUGAAGGAAAAAGAGAAAACACUGUCAAAAGAAACUACGACUGCUGCCGCCCGGUUAGCCCAACUGGUUAAGCGCCGGUCUCCCAAGCGGAAUGUCGCGCUGGGAUCAAAUCCCGGCCGGACCAACACUCAGGGUCUUAAAAUAACUGAGGAGAAUGUGCUGCCUUAAGUUAGACAUUCUAGUCUUCUCGGCUAAGGAAGAAAAACACUAGGCCCCGUCUCACAGCUCUAUCACUGUUCUGAUUCUUGUGGGACGUAAAAGAACUCGCACUGCUGUUUGUAAAGAGUAGGGGGCGUAGACCCUGGUGGUGUGGUACAACCUUUCAUGCGCUGGGUGGAUAAUGAAGGGGUUGAUAUCAAUUAGAAAGCAAGUCCUGUUUCAUCCCCUGUCACCGUGUUGAGUCACCGUGGCGAAUUCAAUAAAGCAAAGGACUCUUCUAUGAAAGGGGUCCGCAUAAUAGUUUUAACUUAGUUUUUCUUGUGAAAUAGGGGAAGAAGUUUCUUCCAUUCUUGAAGUGAAACCGGAACCCGUUAUGAUCAAAAGUGAAGGAUCCAACAUCAUCCUACGAUGUGAAGCAAGCAUUGGUUAUUUUAACGAGUCGCCAUCAUGGAACUUCAAGGGCAAAACCUUCGACACCAACAGUGAUAACAGAAAGUAUGUAAACAGAUUUAAAGACCAGAAUUGGAUCACUGAACUAAUUAUUCGCGACGCGAAGCCUUCAGAUAGAGGUCUCUACGUCUGCUCUGCUAGGAAGCUUGAAGAUGGUAAAGAAUUGCAAAAAGCCAUUGAAUUAACCGUGAUUGGUGAGUAAUAUGAAAUAUGCUCCAUUCCCUUUUUUCACGCAUGCCAUUAUGCUUGUCGCUUUUAUUGUAUUGGAAGUCGGGGUGUAAACGGGUUUGUUUUCCAACUGCUGCGCAACCUUUUAAUAUGGGAAAAAAACGACUUUUGCUGCGCUCCCGGUUGUUCAAACACGAGAAAAACUAGAGGAGAUUUAUAAUGGUAAUUGAACUGAGUGGAUUGCAAUUUGGUCUGAAAUCAUUCGCGUGAUAUCAAAAUCGGACGAGAGCGCAGCGCAAAUUCGGUUUGAAAUCACAAGUAUGGUUUUAGACCAAAAUUGCACGACGCGAAAUUCAAUUGUAAAUUCAAACAGUAAACUGUUCCUUACGGCAGGAAGAGUGUGAGAAAAAAAAAAAAGAAAGAAAGCGAAAAUAAAAUGGUAAAUUAUAUUUACACUAUUCACGGUUGCUACGGAUUAGUUCACCUAAAGGGUACAAGAAUUAAGGACGUCGUUCUUCACAAGGGUUUUUUUUUUUUUUUCACGGAAAAAAGUUGCCUCUGAGCAAUAACUCGUGACGCGCGAUUUUAUUCACAGGCUAGAUCUGCGUAGCAUAGUGACACUGCCUGACGUUAUAUAUUUCUGACCUGUUAUAGCGUUUUCUAAACCAAACGUAAACAUCUCCGCGAACCUCACCAGACGUAAAGGCCAGGCUGCUGAGUUGAGCUGUAAUGUUACCGGAAAUCCCAAACCAGAGAUAUCUUGGUUCAGGAAUGGCGAAUAUAUCGAAACCGAAAAUACAAUUGGUCAUGUAGAGGACUGCAUGCAGCGCAAAAGCGGUUUCUACAAAAUCAAGGACGAAGAAGAGGAAAAGUACGGAGUGUUGGAGUCACGACUAGUGGUGUGUUCCGCGGCCCAUUUAAGCCACACUGGUAGUUAUACCUGUGAAGCGAGCAACAGCAUGGGCAAUGACAAGGCUACAGCGUAUGUAAAUAUUUUAGGUACGUAUCAUUGGGUUUAAGGUGAUGUUAAAAGAGACAAUUUGUAAUGACAAUUUUUAGCGCAACUAUUCGAAACAAUGUUGUUAUUCUGUUUUGCGAAUCGUCGGGGAGAUCCGCAACUAUCUUUUUCAGCGCAUCGUUGCAUGCCCUAAAAAUCGUCGUUGCAUAUCAGUGUCAGGAACGUGAUGUAACAAGGGCAGAUUUUCAACAACGAUUUUUAGCGCAACACGGCGUUAUAUUGCUUCAGAUUGUUACAACAUUUUUUCAAAAUUUUUGCCCUUAAAUUCUUCGUUGCAAGUCGUCACCUGUCACGUUGCCUUUAGAUCUAAUGAGGAGGCACACUCUGAGCAAAGAAAAAUAAGGUUUAACUAAUAAUAAAGCUUGUUAACAACCCAGUGUCAGUUACGACCUACUUUAGACUUUAGACAAAAGUCAUAGGCCUUUUUUUCGUGUUUCUAUCCAAAAUUGCAUUCAGACCCACCUAACGGAAAAUGCAAAGACCGUUAUGUAAAACUUAACCCAUAGUCCACUUAGAUGCAUAUGAGCUUAAGUUGGGUGUGUUUUUGUUCCAGAAAAACCCUCUGUAACGGUGAUUCGUCUAUUGGAAGUUGAGAGCGGCAUAACAGAACUUCGUUGUACUGCAACUGGUAAUCCUACUCCGUUAAUCUACUGGGUAAAGCAAGAAAGUGAAGGCUCCUCCUUUGUUCCAGUUCAGGGGAAGGGUGGUCACGGGAUGAAAAAUGUAAGCGGUAUUAGAGUAAAGAAAGGGUCAGAAGAUUUAUACCGUUGUGUGGCCAACAACAGUGAAGGAAUCGUUUACUCAGAAGAGACGGGCGGUAAGUUGCUUUAACAAUCUCGUGCAUUCUUUGAAUUCCCCCUUGUAGCUGCAUAUGUCUUGCAAGAUGCGCAAGGAAUUAACACUCAAGAGCACCCAAGUAGAGUAAAUCACAUAGUCCGACGUAACAGCAACGCCAGAUGUGAAUUUACAACUAGACACAUAACUUCUUGAACUCAGGCUUCCCUUGUUCAAUUUUCUUGCUAUAAAAAAUACGAAAAAAAGCUUUGUGGUUCAAAAUGAGAAACCAAUUUUGUGUGCUUCUUGAGAAUACGGAUGGAUUAAGAAUAGCUACCAUAAACACUCAUUGCUUGCUUGCUUCCUUUGCCGGAGAGCGAGGGAUGGCGCAGUGGUGACAGCACUCGCCUUCCACCAAUGUGGCCCUCCUUCGAACCCCGGGAUUGAGUUUGUUGUUGGUUCUCUCCCUUUAUCUCCCUUGCUCCUGGAGGUUUUUCGCCAGGUACUCCGGUUUUCCCCUCUCCUUGAGAACCAACACUUCCACCCUAUUUCCAAUUCGAUCUGGAACGCACAGACACGUUUCAACGCGUUCUUAAGAACUCCUAAGUGCCCUGUGGGUAAACAAAUUACAAUAACAAAACAAUUUACAAAGUUUACAAUUUAGACGCAGGACAGUCAAGGAAAGACUAGAGAAAAACUGUUUUUAAAAAGUCUUUUCUUUUGCUUUGUUUUUAGGCCCGGACGUUGAUUAUGUGAAACGACAAAAUGACGGCGGGAUCUCGAAGGAGUCUACGAUCGUGAUGAUAACGUGCGUUGGCUUCGUGGUCAUUGUUUUCUUUCUUCUUUGCUUGAUUCUGUAUAAAAGAAAAAAGAGGUAUGGCGGAUUUUACCUCCUAACACUUCCACCCUCGCCAGAUUACAUCAUGAAAUUGGAUCCUGAGAGGUCCCUUUUGGAACAAACAAACAAACUGCCUUACGAUGCACAAUGGGAAUUCCCCAGGGAACGUGUCCAUAUAGGUAGGUUUAGCGUGCUAAGCUCAGUUUGGGCAUAUGUUAUACAGAGUACAAAAUAUUUAUCAUUAUAAAUUGUGUUUAGCCUAGAUAGACUUGACCUAAAUGCAUCCCCAAGUAUUUAUGUUCCCGUGCAGUGUAACAAAGCCUUAUUCACAGGUACAUGUGGCACACUUUUUGCAACUGUGGUGUGGUAAUGUAUAAUAAUACUUCCUUCUCAGUCACACGCCGUUUAUAAACAAACUUGACAAGUUUACUAUUGAUAUGUCAGAGACAAGAAAAGAUAAAGCACCAUUAAGUCGAGAAAUUUUACAGAUGUCAGUAUGAUAAGGACACAAACCUGCCCCCACUUUUGCAGAUGUCUGUAAAAUUCCGUGCGUUUACGGAACCAAAGAUCUUCGCUAACUAGUCCAUGUCAAAACUUUCAAAUACAUCGAUGUUCUAUUCAUGCUCUUUUUAACAAUUUCUUUACAGCCAAACCAUUAGGAUCUGGAGCGUUUGGGCAGGUUUUCCUGGCGCAGGCAACAGGAAUCGUUGCGUUUGAUCCUCGCGGGAGCACAAAGCGAAAACCUGGAAGGAGACGAUCAAGGUUUGGCUCUACCAGCCGGCCUUAUUACAACGACAAACGGGUGACAGCAGUUGCAGUUAAAAGUCUUAAAGGUUUGUCUUUUUGCUCUUUUUAGUUGGUUUCUUACGUUGUCAUUGUCAGUGAAAACAACUGUGGCUUCUCUUAUGUCACUAGGCAGCCUAGUCCCAAGGCGUUCUCUCUUGACCCGUUGUCCGCGCGAAGUCUGGUCUCUCUCGGUGACGUCACAGCUCACGGUAGUGUCCAGGAUUGAUCGAGCCGAGACGGCCUAGGGACUAGGCUGCCCACUAAGGACUUUAAGAUCCUACGACGUGACGGCAACGAGAACGCGGUGAAAAAACAUAAGGUUUAGUAGGCAAGCAACAUUUUUGCACGUGCAUCAAGUUUUUUUGUACAUUUCUUCGCUGUUUUUGCACGACAGCGACGUGACAUUGCCUACUUUUACGUUAAGGAGGGCUAAAACAAGCGACGACGAAAUCCUAUUUAUCUUUCUGAACUUGAAUAUGGGUAAUUUUUUUUAUUAUGUUAUUCAGUUGUAUUUUGGGGGGGGGUCUUAUUAAUCACUGUGGUCUGUGUUCAAAAGAAACCUCUGUGUUUGCAUGGUUCCAUUUGAUUUCAAUAUUUUACACAAUGAAAUUUUUUUCCCUGAGCACUGACCUUCAAGUUUCUGUUUUUCUUAUUAUCUACAGAUAAUGCAACCGAAGCAGAGUAUAGAGAUUUAUUAUCAGAACUGAAGAUUCUAAUUCAUAUUGGCGAACACAAAAACAUCGUUAACUUGCUAGGGGCGUGUACAAAAGGUUGGUGAAUGUUUUUUUUGUUACCGUUAGAAGGCAGUUAGGAAAAUUUUAAAAGAAAUCUACCCAGUUUAUAUUUUGUUAGAUGGGAUUGUACGCUCAAAACAUCACAUCAUGUUCGUGACCAUAGUAGUCUUGUUUAUUAAUCUCGAAUAAUAAUAAUAAUAAUGAUAAUAAAAAUAAUAAUAAUAAUAAUAAUAAUAAUAACAAUAAUAAUGGUAAUGAUAAUGAUAAUAAUAAUCAUUUUUUUCACUCAGGUAUGGAGCGUGAACUCUGGGUUAUCAUUGAGUACUGUCCCCAUGGCAACCUGCUUGACUUCCUGCGCAAACGCCGUGACAUUUUUGAACCUGUAUGGACCACGCCCACCGAGCAUGCCGACGUCACGUUCAGCACAAUUGACCUGUACAUUUGCUCGCUGCAAGUCGCCAGAGCCAUGGAGUUCUUAGCUUCAAGAAGGGUACGUCUGUAGUUGGGUUACCUGUGCGACUUAUAAGCCUCUAUUUUGAUAAUAAUGUUGCUCAGUCUCAAGUACACGUUUAUCUCGCAAAUUAACAUGUGUGUGUGUAUUAUUUUUCAGUGUGUCCAUCGUGACCUUGCUGCCAGGAAUGUGUUAGUCGGCGAGAAUUACGUUCUCAAAGUGGCCGACUUUGGUUUGGCGAGAGACAUUUACAAAGAGGAACACUACGUUAAGACAACAGCGGUAGGAUAUGCAUCGUCACUGAGUUCUUUUUGAAAUUUUGAAAUAACUUUCCAAAUAAUCUAAGCGCCUUGCAUUAUUUGUUAAAUGUUUUCUUCUUUCCGUUAUACAGGGUUUGCUCCCGGUCAAGUGGAUGGCUAUUGAGGCGUUGGUUGAUCGCAUCUAUACUCAUAAGAGUGAUGUGUAAGUAUAAAAUAUCAUUUGUUAGUCAAAUCUAAGUAUAAAAUUAAAUGUAUAUAUAAUGUAAAAGAUGCCCUCUGGAUUACAUUAGACGCAUAUGAAAUACCAAAAUAUCGUCAGGUAGUCGUAUAGUUAAAAUAACAAUAAGAAAAUUUUGUACGUUUGUGCCUGUUUCCUACGCGGUUUUUUUGGGCAGUCUAGUUCCAACCUACUGUGAUUAACAUGGUUUGUCUCUCUUCUUCAGGUGGUCAUUUGGGGUUCUGUUAUGGGAGCUUUUUACUUUAGGUAAGUUCGGUUCUUACCUAUUUUUCUCAGGUAUCUAGAAAAAGGAGUAAUAUUCAUUGCGAAAGAAAUCAAAAGCGAGUAAAGCAAGUGCGCCUUACUUGAGAGCUAAGAAUACUGAAGCUGUUCUAUCUAAUGAAAUCUAAUUUACCCUCGCAAUGCAGCACACAUAGAACUCCGUCGAACAAAGGUCAUUGUAAAAAAUCAAAUCGUAAUCUAUCGAAAUAGAUGAGCAACGCAUGUUGUCAUUUCUUCAGCUUUCUGAAGGGUGAAAUAAAUCACAGCUCCACAGCUAAUGUUGUUCUUAAACAUUUUCUUUUGCAAAGGUGGAAGCCCGUACCCAGGUCUCCCGGCCAAUGAAGUGUAUCAGUAUCUGAUGGAGGGGCAGCGCAUGGAAAAUCCUUUGAAUUGCCCGGAUGAAAUGUAAGUGGGUCCAUAAUCGAUAUCGGUGUUUUAAAUAACACGUCGCCAUCAUUUAAGAUUUUUAGUCACAGGGCAACAAUGCUCCCAUGUUGUGAGUAUUAUCAUCGUUCAGUAGAGAUCAAAAGCCAAGUUAUGUGAAUCAAAAAAGGCAUAAAAAAGUCUAAGCAACAUCGAUAUGUGAGUGGAUCCAUGCUCGAUAUAGGCAUCACUAAUACGUCACCCGGCAUCAUUUAAGAUUUUCAGUCAAUGGCGACAAUGCUCCCAUAGUGACGGCAUUAUCGUUAAGUACAUACAACGCCAAGCCUUGCGAACAGCAAAAGGCAUCUGUAAGUUUAAGCGACCAACUUUGAUACCGAUAACGUAGCCUGCGUGGUAGGCUCAAAAAGUGGAGUGGGGGCGCAGGGGAGAGAAAAAGACAAAAGACCCUCCCUAUCCCCCUCCCUUUUCCCCUCUCCCCUCUCCCCUUGGCGCCUGCCACGUAGGUUACCGGUAGCAUCGGUAGCGUCUGCCCAAACUGUGGCUGUUUGUUCAUUUCCUUCAGCCUGACUUAUGAUCCUAUUAUCUCUUGCACAGGUAUGAAAUCAUGCGGAAUUGCUGGGAUCACAGCCCAGACGAGAGACCUUCAUUCACAGACCUUGUUGCUAGGAUUGACAAACUCUUGGAAGACAGAACAUCCGAGGUACGUAAUGUUAAGUUUGAUUUCUCAGAAUCUCAAAAAAGGCAGUGAGUAGUUGUGAGACAACGCUGACAAGUUAGUUCUAAACUCACCUUGAACAUAUUAUUUUUUUCGUAGUCUGGGGAAGGAUACCUUGACCUCGAACACGCAGAAGAUGAACCAAACUUGGACGAGCCGACAUUUGAAGACGAAUAUCUUGAUCCGGAGCAGACACUUCUCCCAUCCCCGGGUAGCCCCACUUCUGAGGAACGAAUGAACUACCCCCUGCCUCCCCUCCCUUCUGAAGAAAUCGAGAUGGGGACAUUUGAGGAGCCCAUAAAAGACGAGGAAAAGAAGAAGUUUGUUCUUUUGGAUCCACCAAGGGAAAAACGAAUAGCCAGAAUGGACAGCGAGUUGGAGAAAGUACGAAAAGACACGCUGGAACGAGAAAAACCAAAAGACAGUGUUGGACAUUAUAACGAAGACGAAUUUAUCAGUGAAAAAGAACAGCUUCGAUCCGACGAUGACGACAAAGAUAUCUGCGAGAGAAAUUCGGGUGUUUUUGAGUUUUCGCCAGAUUAUGAGGCCAGACACUCGCAUAGUUUAGACGUCCCCCCUCAGGAAAACGCUUAUUACGGUGAACAACGGCCUCCCUCACAAGGCGAGGUUACCUUUAAAGCGGGAAAUGGAUUUCGAGGAAGGCAACCCUCGAACAGAUAUGUGAAUUCUUAA